ACUUGUAUGAUGAAACGUCACUGCCACGUAGAGGGCCAUCUGAACGUUUGUUGAAACUUUGUCCGUAGGUUUAGCCUUGUGUUUUCUCUAAAAUGCUGCUGUCUGUGCUGAGCUGGCUUUGCUCGUCCCUGUUUGUGUGUGUCCGCGGAGGAGCGCUGCCUGAAGCUGAGGUGGACAUAGAGGUGCUGCACAGACCUUUUCUUUGUCACCGGAAAUCGAAGUAUGGAGACAUUCUGCUGGUGCAUCAUGAGGGAUACUUAGAAAAUGGGACAAUGUUUCACAGCAGCCGAACUCAUGGUGACAAACAGCCAGUAUGGUUUACACUGGGCAUCAGAGAAGUGAUCAAAGGCUGGGACAAAGGUCUGCAGGACAUGUGCUCUGGAGAGAAGAGGAAACUCAUCAUACCUCCAGCCCUGGCCUAUGGGAAGGAAGGGAAAGGUAAGAUCCCACCUGAAAGCACGCUGACCUUCAUUAUUGAGGUGGUUGAGAUCAGAAAUGGACCGAGGUCACAUGAGUCCUUCCAAGAGAUGGACCUCAAUGAUGACUGGAGGCUCUCCAAAGAUGAGGUGAAAGAAUACCUGAGGAAGGAAUUUGAGCGUCACGGCUACCCUCCCAAUGACACUCUACAUGAGAACAUGGUAAAAGAUAUUUUUGCCAAAGAGGAUGAAAACAAAGAUGGCUUUAUAUCCUCCAGAGAGUUCACUUACAAACACGAUGAACUGUAAAGUCUCUCCCAGUUUCACAGCUCAUUCAUUUGUCCAGCUUUCAUGAGAUCACAUUUGAGGUUCAAGUUUUAUUUCAAGAUUUCUCUCAGGUUCCAUUAAAGUAUUUCAGUUUUAUAGAAGUACUGUGUUUUGUGUGACACUUAACCCAUCCUGUGUGAAGCUGUGUCCAGUGGGCUUUGAGCCAGAGUCCCUUGUGUGUUUACUUAUUUUUAAAUGUUAGUAGAAUAUCUGUGGUAACAGAGAAAGAGCUACAGUACUUGUUAAUAAAUAUCUCUAUGAAAUUCCCCUUAAGGGAAGUACAGCUUGGUUUCUUUAUGAAAUAUUACUAGUUAUAUGCAAUUUAACUUGUAAGUCCGCUUUAAAAGAAAACUUUAACAUUUCCUGUAUGGUAAGCAAAUUAGUCCCGUUACGACUGGUCAUUUUCUGUAUAGUCCAUGUGGUCGAAACUAUUUAAAUCAGGCUUAUGUCUUUGUAUUUAGUCAUGAAAAUGUGAACCUUUUAUCUAUUAAACAGUAAACUGGGGGUAUAAUGGCUUUUUUACAUUAAAUGACUUAUCAGAACAAGUCAAGCAGCUCUGUUGUAUAAGCCAGCA